AACGUCAUAGUGACAUUUUAUUAUUCAAUUAUUUCAGUGCGUUUUAUCAGCGAUUAUUGUGGCUGCAUUACGUAGCCUUAUUCUGCAAGUGCUGGAAUUACCCAAAAUAUGGAGAACUUCAAAAUAUGACUUUGUUGAGUGACAACAAAUGGAAUAUAUUUAUGAGAAACAAAAGUUAUUAUUUUAAUUAUGACGGAGGAAUUUAAGCUCAAAAUCGUUGAUAAGAUACUAACAAUAUACCCGCCGAUAUUAUUAAGCAUUGGACUUACAGGAAACAUUUUAUCCGUGAUCGUUUUAGCACAGGCAAGUACUAGAAAAACUUCAACUGGUUUUACGUUGAUAUUUCUGACAGUUACCGACACAUUGAUUCUCAUAAAUUCUGUUCUUGUGCGAUGGCUGAGCCAUAUGUUUGAGAUAAAUUUAAGGUCUUCUUCAAAUGGUGCGUGCAAAUUUCAUGUUUUCAUGUCAUAUGUUCUGUUUCAACUGUCACCGUGGAUUCUUGUCUUUGUUACAGUCGAACGAGUAUUCAGUGUGAAAUAUCCGCACAGAGUGAGGGAUGUUUUCACAAGAAAAAGGGUAAUUCGAGGCCUACUUAUCCUUGUUUUGGUCCUUAGUAGUGCGAAUGCCCAUCUUAUUUAUGGAUACGAGCAUGUUUAUAAAGAAGCAUACUACUGUACAGCGAGAAGCAAUCACGAAGAUUUCAUGUUUAAAUACUGGACAUGGAUUGAUUUUGCCCUUGCAUUCGUCAUUCCAUUUUGCGUGCUUCUUUGCGGCAACAUAAUUGUUAUACACAAACUCAAAUUGAGUGAAAGGUUUCAAAAAUCAACUUCAAUUACAACACAAAGUGGACAAGAACUCAGAGGCAACUUAAAUCGGCGAGGAAACAAUACGGCGUCUCAUUUCACAAUGACGGCAGUCAUACUUAACAUAACAUUCUCCUGUUUGGUUUCUCCCUUUUCAAUCUUUGCAAUUGGACAGCCAUAUUGGUUUCCACACGAAACACUAUCAUCAGAAGAAAUAGUAAACUUAACGCUUAUUGGGACAAUAUUACUUAUGUUACUACAUACAAAUAGUGCAAUUAAUUUUGUACUCUACAUUUUUUGUGGGUCAAAGUUUAGGAGAGAUUUUAUGAAUAUAUUUUGUAAGCGACAAAGGUCAUUGUCUGUGCAGAGCUUUUGUUCGCAAUCUCUGAGCACUUUAAACUAUUAAGACGUGGCAUUUUGUCGAUUAUAACACAAAAUUUAAUGCUCUCUUAACAUUUGAAAUAUCAAUAACUACAAAUAAAGAUUCAGAUAACUU